AAUAAUAAAUUAAAUUAUAAAAAACUUAGAUUUUUUAAAAUUAUUAAAAAAGUUUUAUUAAUUAAUUUUAAAUUAAAAUUUUUAAAUAUAAUACAAUAUUACCCGGUUUUUUAUAUUUUAUUUUUAAAAUUAAUAUUUAAAAGUUUAUAUAUUAAAAAUCGUAUUAUUAUCGAAUUUAAUAAACUAAAAUAUAAAAUUAAACGAGUUAUUGACUAUUAA